AUGUCCGGUACUGGAGAAGAAAUUUCUCAGGUACACUGGAAGCAGCAGUGGUUGGAAAACGGGACACUGUACUUCCAUGUGUCCAUGACUGAGUCUGAACUUUUAGCUCAGACCACACAACCCACUGCUCGGGAACCUGCUCAUGUGCUGCAUGAACACAUGCAUCUGCUACACAUCUCAGUUAUGGGAGGCCUCAUAGCUCUCCUCCUCUUAAUUCUCCUCUUCACCCUUGUGCUGUAUACCCGCCAUCGAUGGUGCAAGCGUCGCCGUAUCCCCCAAAAGAGUGCCAGUACGGAGGCCACACACGAGAUCCACUACAUUCCCUCUGUUCUCCUUGGACCACAGGGCCGUGACAGCUACCGAGGUUCUCGAAGCACACACCAGCAUGGCAGUUCUGUCAUUGGAAUGCCUAUUCGUGAGACCCCAAUUCUUGAUGACUACGACUGCGAUGAUGAGGUGGACGGAGGUGGACACUCACUUAACUCCACACCCAACCAGAUCCACAACAAGCUUAGUGAUGGAAAAGUCCUAGAUGACUAUGGAGUUAACGUUGGCAUCCAAGGACAUCCAGAUAUGAUGUGCAAGGAAGAUGAUAUUAAGCAUAAUUUUGACAAACGAGCCAUUGACCCAAACACCGAGUCAGUCGAGGAUUUGAUGCAGAGAUUCCAGGACAGUUUCCGUGUUCCCAACACGCCAACAGACAUGUCUCACUACCAGCAUGUCAUGCACAGCUCAUCAACAGGCCGCCGGAGGGUCCCGAGCCACUCCAGAGCAGCUGGAGGUGUGUUUGGUCCUCAAGGAGAAUCUGGAUCAGAGCCUGAAGAUGACAACCAAAUGAAGUUUUAUACAGAACAGCACAGAGGGCGAAGGCGCAGCAAAGGCCACCCACACAGUCCUCUAAAUAAGGUCACCUUGACACUGAUUACUAUCAGCACAUGUGUCAUUGCCAUUGUCUACGCUACGCAGGAUUCCUGCCCCCUCACUGUUAAGGUUACCCUCCAUGUGCCUGAGCAUUUUGUUGCGGAUGGAAGUAGUUUUGUGGUGAGCAUGGGCAGCUUCUUGGAUGUUUCUAAUUGGCUAAAUCCAGCAAAGCUAACUCUCUACUAUCAGACCAAUUCGUCCACACAGUGGGUCCAGGAUUACUGCGGCCAGAGAACCACUGAGCCCUGCGAACAGAUUUGUGACCAGGACACAGGGGAAUGUAGCUGUCAUGAGGGUUAUUCUCCUGAUCCCGUUCAUAAGCAUCUCUGCAUUCGCAGCGACUGGGGUCGCAACGAAGGUCCGUGGCCAUAUGCUAACUUGGAGAAAGGAUAUGACCUAGUUACAGGAGAGCAGGCCCCAGAGAGAAUCUUCAGAUCAUUCUACAGUCUGGGCCAAGGGCUGUGGCUGCCAGUCAGCAAAAGCUUUGUUGUGCCACCGGUAGAACUGUCAAUCAACCCCAUUGCCAGCUGUAAGACAGAUGUUUUGGUUACCGAAGAUCCUGGGGAGAUCAGGGAAGAGGCUAUGAUGUCGACAUACUUUGAAACAGUAGAGGACCUACUGGCAUCUUUUGGGCCUGCCCGUGACUGCUCAAAAGAUAACGGUGGCUGCAAAAAGAAUUUCAAGUGUGUGUCUGAUCGACAGUUAGACUCAUCAGGCUGCAUGUGUCCUGAGGGGCUGAGGCCAAUGAAGGAUGGCUCAGGUUGCUAUGACUACUCCAGGGGCAUUGACUGUACGGAUGGCUUCAAUGGAGGUUGUGAACAGUUGUGUCUCCAACAGCUUGUGCCCCUUGAAGAUGACCCCAGUUCCAGCAAUGUACUCAUGUUUUGCGGAUGCGUGCAGGAGUACAAGCUGGCAGGUGAUGGGCGCUCCUGUCUCCUGCAGUCAGACAACUGUGAUGGACCAAAAUGCCCAAAGCAGGAUGUCUACUUCAAUGACACCUUGUUUGGUGAGAUGCUCCAUGGAUACAACAACAAAAGCCAGCAAGUCAACUUGGGACAGAUAUUCCAAAUGACCUUCCGGGACAACAAUUUUAUUAAGGACUUUCCUCAGCUAGCUGAUGGUCUCAUGGUUAUUCCUUUACCAGUAGAGGAACAAUGUCGAGGAGUCUUGUCAGAGCCCCUGCCCAACUUGCAGCUACUCACAGGGGAUGCCCAGUUCAGCGAAGCAGUUGGGUACCCUAUGGUUCAACAGUGGAGAGUGCGCAGCAACCUGUACAAAGUCAAACUCAGCUCUAUUACCCUAGCUACAGGCUUUUCCAAGGUGCUGAAGACACUAUCAGCAGAGAGCACACGUGAGGAGCUGCUGGCUUUUCUUCAACAAUAUGGUAGCCAUUAUGUGUCUGAGGCCCUGUAUGGCUCUGAGCUCAGCUGCAGUAUUUACUUCCCCAGCAAGAAAACCCAGCAGCAGCUCUGGCUGCAGUACCAGAAAGAGGCAACAGACCAGGGUAUUGGUGGAGGCGGGCGUCGUGAGCUGAAGUCACUUCCCUUCAUCAGCUACCUGUCGGCACUGCAGAAGAGCCAGCUUUUAUCUGAUGACAUGGUGAAUGGCGUGGAGAUCCGCUGUGAAGAAAAGGGCAGCUGUCCAGCUGGCUGCCACCUAUGCAAUCACCAGGCCAUGAUGGGUGGAGUAUCAGGGAGAGGCCGCAGUGGUAACGGCAGGAGUGGAGAGCAGCCUUCCCCCAUCCCUGUUCUGCUGGAAGUCAGCCGCGUCGUGCCCCUUUACAGCUUGGUCCAAGACAACGUCACCAAAGAGGCCUUAAAGAGCGCCACAAUGAGCUCAUACUGGUGUGCUGGAAAGGGCGAUGUCAUCGAUAACUGGUGUCGCUGUGACCUGAGUGCCUUCAGCAAAGAUGGCCUGCCUAACUGCAGUCCCCUCAGGCAGCCGAUUUUGCGCCUAGCCCCUUACCUGGAGCCCUCAAGCACAAUGGUCGCCCUGGAGUGGAUGGAUGUGGAGCCUUUGAUUGGCUGCAAAGUUUCUGACUACAUCAUCCAGCAUAAACGAGUGGAGGAUCCCUCAGAGGCAGAGAUCUACACAGGUGAGGUUCUGAGCUUGAUGGAUGAUCUGUUUUCUGGUUUGGGUUCGUCCUGUGUUGUUGCUGGGAGGAGGAGUGGAGACCAUCCCCACUCUGUGCUAUAUUCAGUGGUCUUCAAGUGCCUGGAACCUGACAGCCUCUACAAGUUUACUCUCUAUGCAGUGGAUAGCCGAGGUAGUUACUCCGAAUCAAGCUUUGUGUCAGUACGGACAUCUUGUCCAGUGGUGGAUGACACACGAGCUGAAGAAAUUGCAGACAAGGUGUACAACUUGUAUAAUGGCUACACCAGUGGCAAGGAGCAGCAGAUGGCCUACAAUACACUGAUGGAGAUUCCUCCUCCACUUCUAUACAGAGUCCAGCACCAUUACAAUUCUCAUUAUGAAAAGUUUGGAGACUUUGUCUGGCGUAGCGAGGAUGAGCUAGGCCCCAGAAAAGCCAACCUGAUAUUACGUAGGGUGGAGAAGAUUAGCCUCUAUUGCCGGUCCCUCCUGCGCAGCACCCACAUCCAGAGCCGCACCGACACCAUGGCAUAUGUCUACUGCCGGAGUGAAGAGGGACGACCUCCUAACAAUAUGUGGCACGGCUCUUUACAUGACAGUCGCACUGCCUGCAUGGAAAAGCUCAUUUCUGUACAGCGUAACACAUACAGCAGCACCAAACUCCGAUGAGACAGGCGUUAAGAGAUGAGCAGUACAUCUUUUUUUUUUUUCUGCAAAAUUACAUCACUGAUUGAUGUACCUCUUCAGUACACUCUGCAGCAGGGGCCUCUCACUUGACGGUUGCAUUUUGCAAGCCAGCUGAGGCUAAAAGAAAAAAAAAAACUCACAGGACUUAAUUCACUGGACAUUGUGUUAAA